GCUGGCUGGCUGGUUAAUUAGUGCUCAAAGCUGCCUCCGCCUCCUGACUGAAGAGCGAAUUAGCCCGGGCGGAGCCACAGUCCUAGAGGCUGAGCGCAGUCAGAGCUGUCCCAUUUACCCGACCCGAGGCCGGCGAGAUGUGGCUUCCGCUGGUGCUGCUUCUGAGCGUGCUGCUGCUGGCCGUCGUCUGCAAAGUUUACUCGGGACUGUUCUCUGGCAAAUCCCCGAAUCCUUUCUCCGAAGAUGUCAAACGGCCACCAGCGCCCCUGGUAACUGACAAGGAGGCCAGGAAGAAGGUUCUCAAACAAGCUUUUUCAGUCAGCCGAGUGCCGGAGAAGCUGGAUGUGGUGGUAAUUGGCAGUGGCUUUGGGGGUCUGGCUGCAGCUGCAAUUCUAGCUAAAGCUGGCAAGCGAGUCCUGGUGCUGGAACAACAUACCAAGGCAGGGGGCGCCUGUCAUACCUUUGGAGAGAAUGGCCUUGAAUUUGACACAGGAAUCCAUUACAUUGGGCGUAUGGAGGAGGGCAGCAUUGGCCGUUUUAUCUUGGACCAGAUCACUGAAGGGCAGCUGGACUGGGCUCCCAUGUCUUCCCCUUUUGACAUCAUGGUACUGGAAGGGCCUAAUGGCCGAAAGGAGUACCCCAUGUACAGUGGAGAGAAAGCCUACAUUCAGGGCCUCAAAGAGAAGUUUCCACAGGAGGAAGCUAUCAUUGACAAGUAUAUAAAGCUGGUUAAGGUGGUAUCCAAUGGAGUCACUCAUGCCAUCCUGUUGAAGUUCCUCCCAUUGCCCGUGAUUCAGCUCCUCGACAGGUGUGGGCUGCUGACUCGUUUCUCUCCGUUCCUUCAUGCAUCCACCCAGAGCCUGGCUGAGGUCCUGCAGCAGCUGGGGGCCUCCUCUGAGCUCCAGGCAGUGCUCAGCUACAUCUUCCCCACUUACGGUGUCACCCCUCGUCACAGUGCCUUUUCCAUGCACGCUCUGCUGGUUAACCACUACCUGAAAGGAGCCUUUUAUCCCCGAGGGGGUUCCAGUGAAAUUGCCUUCCAUACCAUCCCUGUGAUUCAGCGGGCUGGAGGUGCUGUCCUUACAAGGGCCACUGUGCAGAGUGUGUUGCUGGACUCAGCUGGGAAAGCCUGUGACCCUCACGCAAGCACUUGUGCCUGCAGGUGUCAGUGUGGAGAAGGGCAUGAGCUGGUGAACAUCUAUUGCCCCGUCGUGGUCUCCAACGCAGGGCUGUUCAACACCUAUGGAGCACCUACUGCCGGGGAAUGCCCGCUGGUCUGCCAGGAGCAGGGAGUGGCCGUCUCUGGUCAUAGUUCACACAGGCACCACCCACUCCCCUUGGCAGGUGUGAAGCAGCAGCUGGGGAUGGUGCGGCCUGGCUUAGGCAUGAUGUCUGUUUUCAUCUGCCUGCAAGGCACCAAGGAGGAACUGCAUCUGCCAUCCACCAACUACUAUGUUUACUAUGACACGGAUAUGGACCAGGCGAUGGAGCGCUACGUCUCCAUGCCCAGGGAAAAGGCUGCGGAACACAUCCCUCUUCUGUUCAUCGCUUUCCCAUCAGCCAAGGAUCCGACCUGGGAGGACCGAUUCCCAGGCCGGUCCAGCAUGACCAUGCUCAUACCCAGCGCCUACGAGUGGUUUGAGGAGUGGCAGGGGGAGCUGCAGGGAAAGCGGGGCAGUGACUAUGAGACCUUCAAAAACUCCUUUGUGGAAGCCUCUAUGUCGCUGUUCCCACAGCUGGAGGGGAAGGUGGAGAGUGUGACUGCAGGAUCCCCACUCACCAACCAGUUCUAUCUGGCUGCUCCCCGAGGUGCCUGCUACGGGGCUGACCAUGACCUGGGCCGCCUGCACCCUCGUGUGAUCGCCUCCUUGAGGGCCCAGAGCCCCAUCCCCAACCUCUACCUGACAGGCCAGGAUAUCUUCACCUGUGGGCUGGCCGGGGCCCUGCAAGGUGCCCUACUGUGCAGCAGUGCCAUCCUGAAGCGGAACUUGUACUCAGACCUUAAGGAUCUUGGCUCUAGGAUCCAGGCACAGAAGAAGAAGAAUUAGUUCCAUCAGGGAAGAGUCAGAGGAAUCUGCCCAAUGGCUAGGGCAUCUCCCUUGACUUACCCAUAAUGUCUUUCUGCAUUAGUUCCUUGCACAUAUAAGGCAAUUUGGUUCUGAUUUGGUUCUGAUUCCUGAAGACAGGCCUAGUUUAAAUCACAAUUCCGAGUCUGGGGCAAUGGAAUCAUUGCUUCCAGCUGCGGCAGAUGAGAUCAUUAUGCCUUUUAUAACAUCCUGUCCCUACUAACAGGAUAUUGACUUGGAUAGCUUGAUGUCUCAUGACGAGCAGCGCUCUGCAUCCCUCACCCAUGCCUUCUCACUCAGUGAUCAGAGAAAAUUCCAUCGGUGGAUAGAACCCCUGGCAGUGUUGUCAGCUAAAGCUGGUGGGUUCAGUUCUGUCCUGAGGCUUCUGCUCUCAUUCACUUAGUGCUGUGCUGCACAGUUCUACACUGUUGAUGGAGAAGGGAGACUAUUGAGGCUUAACUCAAAACCUGGGCAUGGUUUUGGUUGCCAUUCCAUAGGUUUGGAGAGCUCUAGAUCUCUUUUGUGCUGGGUUCAGUGGCUCUUCAGGGCACGGGAAAUGCCUGUGUCUGGCCUGGUGUGGUCUGGAGCUUUGGGGUAACAGCGGGAUCCAUCAGUUAUUAGGGGGCACGUCAGAUGAUCAUAUCCAAUUCAUAUGGAAGUCCUGGGUCUGUCUUCCUUAUGAUCGGGGUGGCAUCUGGUUCUCAAUGUGCCAGCAUCAAGGCACCUUCAGGGAGCUCAGUACCUGAGCCUCAAUCAAGCUUCAUCCUCCAAAUACGCAGGGAAGGGUGAUGCAGCGAAGGGUAACGUCAGGAGUCAGGUCAUGGACUGGUAAGAUGAAUACUUUGCUGGGAUGAAGCAGGCUGCAGGGCUGUCCAGGCAAGGGCACACCUGGGGACAGCUCUGGGAGGUGUGGGGUAAGGAAGGGAAGUCACCUCAGAAAAGGGAAAGCGACAGAAUGUGUGCGAAGCCCAGAAAUGGCAUUUGCCGUUCAUUAGCACAUGUGAGAGUUAGAUGGGUAUGUGAAUGCAAGCUCAAGGUUUGGAAAAAUGACUUUUCAGUUAUGUCUUUGGUAUCAGAUAUACUAAAGGUUGCUUUGUAGUUCGCAUUAAUGUAACAAUAAAUUUAUUGAUUCCAUUGCUUUAA